ACUUUAGAACCAUCCGACAUGCAGUAGGCGUCGUGGGCUUGUUUUACAGAUAAUUGAUCAUCAUUAUUGCAAUCAAUAUGAUCGACUUAAGUCUUACAAUCAAUUAGACUUGUGUCAUAGUUUUUGAGAUAAAGCUCGUCAAAGUCAGAAUUUUUGUUUUUUUUCUUUAAUUUUUUUUUUUUAAAUUCAAAGGGUCAUAACUUAGAAAUUGUUGAAACUACAGUACUGAAAUUUUGCAAUAUCAAAUAUGGUCAUUAUUUUCGGUAAAUCUGUUUGAAUAUCAUAACCACUUAUGAUAGCUGCCAUACUUCAAAAGUUAUUUGGCUAUAUCUCACAAAUUAUAGAAGCUACGGUAUUAGAAGAACAAAAAAUUAUUUAUUAGAGCUGUUAUAUUUUUAUAAAACAAGUUGAAAUUUCUUUGCUAAACGAUCAAAUUACAGUGCUGACAAUAUGGCUGUUAUUUACAUUUAAAAUCCUUAUACAUAAGAUUAAGCAUUAUACAUUAGUACCUAUAUAAAACAAUGUGGCGGCUCUUAAAAUCAGUCAUUCGUGCGGCUAUCACAAAUUUGACACGGUCAACUCUACCUAUUCUUGUUUUUAAUGCGAAUUAUAUUAUAUAUUUUCAAUACAUUUAACAUGUUGCAUGAAAUUUAUUAAUUCUUAUAAUUUUUCAUAUACCUACUUAUAACGAUUAAAAACAAAACUCAGUAUUCGCCUAUGUGUAUGUAUAAUAAUUUUAUGCCGUUAUUAACUAAAUCAAUAAUUAUAAACUAUCUAUGAUCAAUAUCACUCGAAUAACCUUGAGCCAUAAUAAAUUGACACAAAUACCAGCUGGAAUAGCAAAUUUAAUUAAUUUGGAAAUAUUAAAUGUAUCAAACAAUCAUUUGCAGGAACUUCCGGUAUCUUUAUCAUCUAUGCCAAAACUACGUAUAUUGAAUGUUUCUAUAAAUAAAUUAAAUGGAUUACCGCGCGGUUUUGGUGCUUUUCCAGUUCUUGAAGUUCUUGAUUUGUCAUAUAAUAAUUUAAAUGAAAACAUUUUACCAGGAAAUUUUUUUAUGAUGGAAACAUUACGUGCGCUUUAUUUGGGCGACAAUGAUUUUGAGUUUUUACCACCAGAGAUUGGUAAUUUAAAAAAUUUACAAAUCUUGGGUUUACGAGACAACGAUUUAUUGGAUAUACCAAAGGAGGUUGGUGAUUUACCAAGACUUCGCGAACUACACAUACAAAAUAAUCGAUUAACAGUUUUACCACCUGAAACAGCUAACUUAGAUUUACUUGGCAGUAAAUCUGUUAUGAAAAUGGAAGAAAAUCCUUGGAUAACACCAAUCGCUGAACAAUAUCUCUUGGGGAUCAGCCAUGUUAUCGAAUAUUUGAAAACGGAAACUUAUAAAAUAUUAUACAAUCGUCAUAUGCAGUCAAGACGUGGAGUCGGCCCACCACCAAAAGUUGAUAAAAGUAAAAAGGCAUCUAGAGCUCGCUCUUAAAUUGAAAAAUUGUUAAUAGGAAUUUUGGUGUUUCUUGGGAAAAUUUUUCUCAAAUUCAAAAACGAUAAAAAAAAAUGAAAAUUUUGGCCAUAAUCAGCAUAAGCCAAGAAACAAAAUAGUUAAAGAUAUUUAACCAAAAACUUUAUUUUUUUUUCUUACUAAUCAAGUUUUGCUUUUUACGUAUAGUGAAAUACGUAAUAAAAAAAUACUUUCUGCUAUAUGAGCACUUUUAAGGAAAGUACCUACAUAUGUAAAUUCUGAAUGUGCCUUCAAUAUAACUUUGUAUUUUUUGUUUUUUAACAAAUUUGUGAACUAAGAUUUCUAAAAAAUAUUUUAAUUUGCUUUAUUAAUUAAAAAAUAAUAAAAUUCAAAAA